AUGCCUGAAUCGCUACUUUGGAUCAAUAAAGAUGUCGCCUCAGAAGUGUUGUCGCGAAGUUCCAAAGCCGAAACCAGGCAAAUUCGGAAGCAUGUCCAACAUGAGCGUCAAUUGAAAGCCAAAGCUGCCCAGGAGGUCACUGGGAAACCCGUCAGUCCACCAAGAAGGACUAGCCGUAGCGACAAGAGUAUGCCACUCUCUGAGCAUGCUCUGAAUGCACUUCCUACCCGGCAGCGGGGCCUGCGGCUUGAUACCAAUCUCAAGGAUGACGACCAGUCUGAAGAAUAUCGCUCGUAUCAGCUGGCAUCAUUAUCAGCAUCGCUCUCCCCGACAAGCCAAUCCGGCAGAGUACUACAGACCAUUAGUUCUUUCCCAGGCCUUGACACCGCGGAAAUACGCAGCCUGGCCUUUUUCUGCCACCGGACUGCGCCCGAAUGGUCUGGUUGGCGCGAUGCUUCCUUCUGGAACAAACUCAUUCUUCAGGCUUGUCAUCUGAAUCGAUCUAUACUACACGGGGUAGUUGCCCUCGGCGCGGUACAUGAAUCGUCUGAGAUUGACGGAGAAUCAGAUGAAAGGUCCAACUUACAAGACAUGGCACUGCACCAGAGUAGUAAGGCGACCAGGCUGGCUGUCGAAACUGCCGUUUCGGAAAUCUCGACUCUGAUCUCCUGCAUUAUAUUCAUUUGCAUGCAAAAUCUACAGGACAGCCACACCGCAUAUCAGCUGCUAAAGACGGGCCACAGCCUCAUCACUGACAUCGAUCGUCGCUUACUCGUAGGGGACUUGGUUCUAUCUGAUAGCGAGAAAACAGUCUUGAACAAUUUUCUCAGACCAAUUAUCGAGCGUUUGCGAAUGAGAUUUUGCUGCAUUGUUGACGUCCCUUCUGCGCUCGCCAUAAGUGCAGCGUUGAAGAAGAGCAAGAUUGAGAUCCAGCUGCCCUUGCCUACAAUCCCGACUCUCUUUACUAGCCUCCUGGAAGCCCGCAACAAUCUAGAGUCCAUCAUUGAGUGGGCUCAAGAGAAUGUGGAACCUUCAACAUUGGCCUCAGAUGGUGAAUCACAGGUCCAAGUCCUUCUCUCUACCUGGAUUGCCGCUCUUGACAGAACUGGCGCAUCCACUCUGGAACGCUACGACGCCCUUAUCAGCUCGAAGAAGCUUUUGAAAUCCGCGGCCCUUGUGGCCUCGAUUUUAUUCGAUACAUUGGGGACUCAUUCCGAAUGUCGCUACGACGAGCACGUCGACAAGUUUGCAGAGAUCAUCCAACUUUACGAAGUCGCAAUCGGAGACCAUUUCCGGACUCCAAGGAGAGUUUCGUUUGGUAUCGACUCAGGCGUGAUUGAUACAUUGGUCUUCGUGGCUGGGAGGUGUCGAGACCCAACCAUCCGUCGUGCAGCAAUCAAUCUCCUCAACCAGACGAAUAGGAUGGAGGGUGAUCUGCAAGGCACGACUGGAAGUACGAUUCUUUCCAAACUGAUAGAACUCGAGGAAGCAGGACUGGUUGUUUCGUCUGCAAGCGAUGUCCCCGAAACCCAACGCUUGCGCAUCUGGGAGGACCAUCAAUACUGGGACAAGGGUGAAAUUCAGAUCUUUUUCGUCUACUGGCCAUAUGAGCCGUCUUUGGGGGCAGAGAUCAAGCAGGUCAGCGUCCAGCUGCCCAUGAAGGCUUUACGAGGUCCAAAGGAGCUGGCCUCUCCGAACAGCCCCAUUGCGCAUUUGCCGAAUGUGAAGUAUGGUCGCGGCGUCGGGGCAUUUCUGGAUGAGAGCACUCAGAGCUAUCACCAAAUCACAUUGUCGUCGUUUUUCAUGCCGAUGCCGAGGCUAUGA